AUGGGCAAUCACAUCUCAUAUACCGCCUCCGAAUGCGAGGUCAGUCUGGACAACGCUGGCUCUUUCAAAGGUCUUCAGUUCGAUUCCAAGUCUCGCAGAUUCGCAGGCGUUCCUUAUGCCCAACCACCAACACAAAAUCUUCGAUGGCGCAAACCACAGCCCUUUCCCAAAAAUCACAUCUACGGUUCUCCCUUUGACGCGACACAAUUUGGACCAGUUUGUCCUCAGGCGAACUACUCCAAAAAUGUCAGCGAGCAUAUCCCCAAGCAUGCUUACAGCGAGGAUUGUCUAAGACUCAAUAUCUGGACACCUAUUCCUGACCCAGAUGUGCCAAAUCCCAAAUGGCCCGUCAUGGUCUGGUUCCACGGUGGUUGGUUCCAGGUUGGCGAUCCCAGUCAGGAAGAAAGCAUGGAUCCCACUGAGCUUAUUUCGACUGGCAAGCUACAAGCUAUCUUUGUAGCUGUGGGCUAUAGAUUAAACGUCUUUGGCUUCCUCGCUGGCGAAGCCCUUGUCGAGGAGUCAGGAGGUGAAGCUGUGGGAAACUAUGGUCUCUGGGAUCAGCGUCUUGCCAUGGAUUGGGUGUACGACAACAUCGCAGCUUUCGGAGGUGAUCCUGAAAACAUCAUCCUGGCUGGCCGAAGCGCAGGAGCAUACUCGGUCCUUGCGCAAACGCUUUACGACUUUCGGGGCACAGAUUCUCAGAGCCGUUUCACGCGGAUGAUUAUGUACUCGAAUGCCAUCCCAACACAACCCAAGAGUGUCCAAGACUGCGAAGAGCAAUUUUAUGAGCUCUGCGAUUUCUUCGAUAUACCACAAGAUCUAAAAGGGUCAGAGAAGUUGGAUCGUUUGCGAAAUAUUAGCUCGGACGAUCUCUCAUCGGCCAUCAUGGAGUUGAAGAAUCACACGUUCCGUCCCGUCACAGAUGAUCUCUUUAUCCACUCUGGAAUCUUUGACUAUUACCGCGACGGGUCUUUUGCACGCGAAUUUAAGAAACGCGGACUAAAGCUGUUGAUCGGCGAGGUUCUCGACGAGGAUACACUCUACGCUGUUACGAAUCCGCCAGACCCCGAUGUUGAGUCGCUGCGGGUGCAAAUAUCGAACUAUUUCCCUCCGCACGUCACAGAUCGUCUUCUCAAGCAUUAUGCACUGCCUCAAACCAAGGACAAGGAGGCUUGGCAGAAGAUCUUUGGAUGUAUCGUGGCAGAUGGUCAAGUCAGAGCGCCAUCACGAUAUCUAGUUGACAAUCUUGUGCGAAAUGGCGUGGAUAUCAAGAAUGUCUGGAGAUAUCUCAUCGCGUACCGGCUAUCGUUUAUCAACAACAAUGUCGCACCCACUUCAUUUGGUGUAAGCCAUGCGAUGGACAGACCCAUCUGGAAUUACUCCAUCACUCACAACCCUACACCAGAAGAAAGGCAACUCAUGGAUGAGUGGAUCAGUGACCUGCGAGCUUUUGUCAAUGACGAGAAUCACGACUAUGGCACUUCAGAAGCUACAGAGUACAAAGUGAUGCAACCACAAGGAACAAUUGGGAUCGAGACGGAUGGACGAUGGGAAGAACUUUUGCAGGUGAUGGAUAUCUUUUCCGCAUAA